GGGCGGAGUGCAAUAUACGACCUUAUAUAUGCGUAGAGCUCUCAACUUCAGUUUACAAUUGACAAACACAGAGUAGUAACGUAUUAUACGGUGGGUUGAGCAACGGCGUGAACGCUGGCGUCGCAAGGCUAGUAACGGGGAGUCAUCUAUUGCACGACCACCUUGAGGUGAUCAGAUCAAAGGUGAUCAGUAUUUGAUUGAAAGGAGCCAUUGCACAGUGAUUAUAAGGCACCAAGCUGCAUAUUAUUAUCUGACCAUUUGAAAACAUGGUGCAAAACAAAAUUACAGAGGUCACAGGAUUCCAUCGCUCCUUCAAGGGGCAAAACCCUUUCAAAACUGAUGAAUUCAUAGAUUUGGAACCCCAUGUUGACUCAUCCUUCAAGUUAGACCGCUCGCCAAGGCCUGACAUGCCAUCCAGCCAGCCCAUCAAUAUCCCUGAUGCCAAGAAGAGAAAUAAAAAGAAAAAACGAUGCAGAGCCACUGACAGUUUCUCCGGACGUUUUGAAGAUGUUUACAAACUACAAAAUGAGAUUCUUGGAGAAGGGGCUUAUGCUGUAGUUCAGACCUGCAUCAAUCUGAUCACCAAUAAAGAAUAUGCAGUAAAGAUAAUUGAGAAGAGGCCGGGCCACAGUCGGAGCCGUGUUUUCAGGGAGGUGGAAAUGCUCUACCAGUGCCAGGGCCACAGAAACAUUUUGGAACUGGUUGAAUAUUUUGAGGAAGAGGACAAAUUUUAUUUAGUCUUUGAGAAACUGAGAGGCGGUUCUAUCUUGACUCACAUACACAGAAGACAACACUUCAGUGAGCAGGAAGCCAGCAUAGUGGUGCAGGACAUCGCCAGUGCUCUGGACUUCCUACACAACAAAGGGAUGGCACAUCGAGACCUAAAGCCAGAGAACAUCCUCUGUGAACAUAGUGAAAGGAUCUCUCCUGUGAAGAUCUGCGAUUUUGAUUUGGGAAGUGGGAUCAAACUGAAUAGUGACAGCUCUCCCAUCUCCACCCCUGAGCUCUUGACUCCGUGUGGCUCAGCUGAAUACAUGGCUCCUGAGGUGGUGGAGGCCUUUAAUGAGGAAGCUAGCAUCUACGACAAGCGCUGUGACCUGUGGAGCCUUGGCGUCAUCCUGUACAUCAUGCUGAGUGGAUACCCGCCCUUUGUGGGUCACUGUGGAACAGACUGUGGUUGGGAUUGGGGAGAGCCCUGCCAAGCCUGCCAGAGCAUGCUGUUUGUGAGUAUUCAAGAAGGCAAGUACGAGUUUCCAGAGAAGGACUGGGCACACAUCUCUCCUGCAGCCAAAGACCUCAUCACCAAGCUGUUGGUGCAGGAUGCCAAAGACCGCCUCAGUGCUGCCCAAGUUCUGCAGCACCCUUGGGUCAAGGGAUGUGCACCCAACACUGUGUCUUCCAUAUUACAUCAGAGGGGUGGGAGCGCUCAGGACCUGACGUUCUUUGCGGGGCAGGCCGUAGCCAUGAACCGGCAGCUGGCUGAGAGGGAAGAGAGUGAGGAGCAGCAGCAGCAGCUAGAGAAGGAGCUUUCCUCCCCGCUUCUCUCCACCAGCUCCGGCUCCAUGCUGCUGUCUCCUUCCUCCAGGUCCAAGCUGGCCCGCCGCAGGAAGACCACAGGCAGCCAGCACCAAGGGCCGGUGUGCGCUGCUGAACUACGCCAGCUCCUCGCCCCGCUUGUGAUCGUAGGUGACUGUGCCUGAUCUCUUCCAUGCUUUCCAGCCUCUGCUCUCCACUGACGACUAUUGAUGACACUCUAUCGAAAUCUUCAACUAGGCAGUGCGUUGACAUCUUGACCUCUCUGCCCACUUACUUUGUGGGCUCUAAGCUCUUGUGAGAAGCACUCAUGUUUGUAGCACUUAAAGCACCUAAAAGGCCCCUGCAAACAGUUUUGACUGGGUAAAAAGCUUGUUGUGGCCAGAAAAAAGAUUUGUUGACGUCUGAGUCCCAGGAAUCUGUCAAUAUAACAAUGUUUACGAAAAACCUUUGGAACCAAAGGACUCAAGUUGCUUUCAUUCAUCUAAAGCUGGACCCCCACCUAAGCCAUUUAAUUUCUAAGCAUCGGGAAAAACAUUCUGCUCUUUGCCUUUGAGCUCACAUGGGACCCCCAGCAGCUGAAUCAUUCGAUUUGUACUUAUGCCAUAUUUGAGACUUCUUUCUCACUCUCAAAGUAAUAUUGAUGGCAGACUGAGACUAGUGUUGCUGGGACUUAAGUGGCAAAUGAUUUAUUAUUCACAUUAUCCAGGGAAGAAAUUGCAGCCAUGUUGUGUGGGGUUUGUCUGGUCUGAAUUUAUUUAUCAAGGACCUUAUUUACCAAUUUCACUCCACUGUGUAACACUUAUUUUCUGCCAAACACGAAUCUCAGCAGUGUUUUCAGCAGAAACCUCAGGAUAUCUCUCUCUGAAUGAGUUACCAAAGCAUAUUUGAAACCAGAAAGAUUCAUUCUAUGUCAAUUCAUUGGUGUCUUACAUUUCUGUUUUGUCCUUGCACUGGAAAGUUUUGCCUUUUUCAGGGAGACGGAGCAGUGCAGCGCAACUUUUGUACUUGGCCUCUCAGGAAAACAGGAAUUAGUUGCAUGAUCAUAUUUCCUCCCCCUUUUCGUUUCCUCAUGUUUCAUCCCCUUUUGACCUGCAAUAUAAGGAACUGCCAGAGGUCAAUUUCAAGGUUCUGUAGCAAAUUUAGAGAAAUUCUCUUCCAUUUUCAUUUCCAACUCCAUUUUCACCAUUCAUUCAGGUAGUCAUUGAACAUUUCCUGAACACACGGGCUCUGUCAAUGACUCAAUGACUCAUAUUCACUGUUUGAAUAAAGGGGAUUAUUCCAUGAAAAGUCCUUAAGUCCUCUUUUAGCCUUCAUUUUGUACUUGUAGAAGGUCAGAUACGCAAUAAACCUCCAGACAUACCAA